AUCCACACUUCCCAUCCAAUCCCAUCUGCCCUCUUCCAGGCUUGAACCAUUCAUCCAAAUUUCAAAGCUAAUUGAAAAAAAGAAAAAGAAAAAAAGAGAGGAGAAUUUUGCAUACUGGCCCUGGUCUUGCACAGGUAACCUCCCAUUACGAAUCUUUAUCUCUACAAUGCCAGGAACCAUCCUAGUUUCAGUUCUUGAAUUCAUGGACCUUCCAUCUUCAUCAUCUUCUUCCUCAAUAUCCAUAAAGGUUUCCAUGGGGAAAAGAGAGUGCCAAACUUGGGACAAGGGAGACUUCACCUUCCCAUUGACGACCCUUCGUGACAAUUUGGUUGUUCUUCUUCAAGAUGCCGAGGGAAAUGAGAUAUUAGAUGCAGGUGUUGAGACCAAGUCCAUAGUCGAGAAGGGUCUUUGGGACUCUUUCUUUCCCCUCAAAGGAGGUGGGUUGGUGCAUAUGAAGUUAAAGUUUGUACUCAACGAAGAAGAGCGCAUCCGAAUCCGUUCGAUGAGAGAAUCUGCACUAAAAAAGAAACUUGGGGAGUUUACCUAUAGCAAUCCCGGUAGUGUGCAAACUACUCCUGGUGCUGGGACAAAUCUUGCAUCAUCUUUGUGCCUUCCCAAUGAGAUCUCAGAUAGAAAUGAGGAGACUUCAUCAGGCAUUACUCUGCAUCAGAGGGUUGACCUCCCUCUGACUGAAUCAUGUCAAGGGAAAUUAGUUGAGGAGACUGAGGCACAGCCACUUCCUGCUAAUGUUCCAGCCAAGGCCAAAUAUGCUAGUGAAUCUCCGAAACUAUUAAGAAGCUCACAAUCAAUGGUUAGCGCAAUAAGUCUUCCUAAUCUUCAGGAAGAUAAGCCUCAUAACCUCGAGAAGCAGGGUCCAAUCCAUAAAACUCCUAGCAAUGUAAAGAAAAUGAUAAGUGCCUUCGAAAGUGGUUCAGCUGAGGAUAUGAGGCCUUGCAUCAAACCGCCAUCAAAAGAAGUUCAAUCGAACAGUAUUAAAGCAGGAGCUCCCCUGAAAAUCCAUAAUUUAAAAGAAGACAAGAAAGUGGAUACAGAAACUGCAAAGUCAAUAUUAGAAGGGGUUGUGAAGUCUUUUGCUUCAGGGGACUUGCUACUUGACCCAACAUCUGGUGAUAAAAGUGGUGAGCAAAUUAAUUUACUUGGAGCUUCAGAUGGGACUAAAUCAUCGCAUCCCACUGUGAUAAAAAAUAAAGUCAAACUAUUGCAUGUACAUCAAGAAGUUGGCAUAAAGAAAAAGAACUUCCACAAAGAUUUCAUUACAACAUCAAGAUGUGAAACAGUUCAAGUUUCAGAGAAGAUUCUUAGUAAGCAUAGGCACCAACCAAGUAAUACGGGCCAUGGAAGGCGAAAUUCUGGUGGCAUUCCGGUUAUAGAGGAGAGUCUACUAGAAAUUUCUUCCCGAAAUAUUUCUCAAAUCAUCGACAUUCAAGAAGCUUCAACUAGUGCCAAUGUGUGUACAUCAGUAGUAAACUGUGAAGAUAGGCAAAUUCCCUUUGAGAGCUCUGGUGCCUGGAUAUUCCCAGAUGAAGCAAUACGUUUCUGCAUAACAACUAGUGGUAAAAAAUUAAUGGAUUUACUAGGAGGUUGCAGAGAGAAGCCAAACAUCCAGCAAGGAAGGAUGAAUGUUUCUCUACCAGAAAAUUCAGAAGAGCAGAAUGUGAAGAAUCAGAGACCAAGAAAAUCAACGGUUGAUCAUCCAGAGGAAGCUGAAACUUCUGGUGGGAAAGUUGGACAGGCAAUAAAAGUUGCAAUCAUGAUUGGCUUUGGCACACUAGUUCUCCUUACAAGACAAAGAAAAAACGGAUGAAAUUAACCUACAGAUGCACUUUGGGUGAGAAGAUUUUGGAACCACCAUAUGUUUGUUUUUUAAUACGAAAAGUUUAGAGUAAUUGUCCCUACACUCGCGGCUGUGUGCCUAUUUUGCCCCUCCUCCAAC